AUGAGGGUAACUUUGGUCUUCCUGACGUGCUGCAUUGCAGUGGGAAUAGCUGCUCCAGAGAGAGGAUUAUUUCUGAAUUUGAGUAAUGGUGAGCUCUGUGUUGGAAGCUUUCAGUGCAAGAGUGGAUGUUGCCAGAGAGACACUGGACUGAGUCUUGCAAGGUGUGCUUCUAAAGGUGCUGAAAGAGAUGCAUGCUCAACUCAUCUCCUGUAUAAUGUUUAUUACAAAUGUCCCUGUGAAAAUGGUCUGAAGUGUGACGGCGAUAAAUCCAUCAUUGGUUCAAUAACAAACACUAACUUUGGAAUCUGCAAGGACCCGAAUGGUAUAGCUAAAGUCCUCAAACCAAACAGAGUGCAAUAA